AUGUACUGUUCAGGUGUCUUGUCAAAUAUAUUUGGACGUUUUUGGCGUCCUCAAAGCACCUCGGAACCGGAGACGUCUGGUCCAACGAAGUUCUACCUUGAUGAUGGUUCUGCGAAUGAUGAGAAAGAAGAUGUAAUGACUGGCGAUCCACAGAGUGGUGAUGCCCCGGCGAGGAUCGAAAAUAGCAGUAGCAAUAUCUCUAAUGCGCCUCAAUUACGGGGGAAUGGUAAGGAUGUGAACACUCGACUUUCUCCUUCUCCAAGUGGCAACAGCCUUGACAGCGAUGGUAAGCAAGCGAAAUUUUCGGAGAAAUUGGCCAGUAUGUUCAAAGCUGGAGCUAAGCCAGGACUUAUAGACUACAAUAGGAGCAACUUCCGACAAUACUGGAUGCCUGAUUCCACUGGCAAGGAAUGCUAUCAGUGUGAAGAACGCUUUUCCACGUUUAGGAGGAGACAUCAUUGCCGCCUUUGUGGGCAGAUAUUCUGCGCGAAAUGUUGCAACAUUCAUGUACCAGGAUCUGCUUUAGGUACGUCGUUUAGUAGCAGUUAUGAAGCUCCUCUACAAACAAACAUCUCACUAGCAUGA